CUCCCUCUUAUCACUCCAUAUAUUUUUCUCGUUCUCGUUGGUCUCCAAAUUGGGGUAGAAAAGAAUGAGGGAGGAGGUUAUCAGCUCCGGCGGCACCAUUGAUCCCACUCCUGCUGCCAGUUCUGCGGGGGCCUCUUCACCUGCUGUUCCGACGAAUGUUGGAAGCAUAGAUUGGUCCAGUCAUGGUCAUGGCUCCAAAGCUGCUUCUUUAUCUUGCAUUGGUUCACAACAGCCUCGGACUUCCUUAAGCACAAGUGCUGGUGGUUCUGCUCUUGGGUCAUCACGAACUUCAUGCAGGCCCUGGGAAAGAGGGGAUUUACUAAGGCGCUUGGCUACCUUUAAGCCUUCAAAUUGGUUUGGAAAGCCAAAGGUUGCCAGCUCAUUGGCUUGUGCUCAGAGAGGUUGGAUAAAUGUCGAUGUUGAUAAGAUUAUGUGUGAAUCAUGUGGUGCAUACUUAAGUUUUGUCUCAUUACCAUCUGGGACACCUGCUGAAGUUGAUAGUGCUGGUGAAGCCUUUGGGAAGGAGCUGGAUACUGAGCACAAAGUUAAUUGUCCAUGGAGAGGAAAUAGCUGCCCAGAAAGCAUGGUGCAGUUUCCCCCAACUCCUCAGUCAGCCCUGAUUGGUGGUUACAAGGACAGAUGUGAUGGCCUUUUGCAGUUCCAAUCUCUUCCUAUUGUAGCUGCAUCUGCAGUUGAGCAGAUGCGGGCUUCUCGUGGCUCACAGAUCGAGCGCCUUUUGUCCCAAUCUCAAAAUUUUAUGGGUGGGGAAGUAGAUUUUCGAUCUGAGAGUAUACCAGAACUUGAAGCCUCCCGAGAUGGGGUGAUCUAUUUAUAUUCUCGGGCCCAGAAACUUAUAAGCCUGUGUGGAUGGGAGCCAAGAUGGCUUCCAAAUGUUCAAGACUGCGAAGAGCAUUCUGCUCAAUCAGCUAGAAAUGGAUGUUCUUUUGGCCCUACCCAAGCACAAGUUCAUCUUUCACUGGAUCCUGGACCGAGCAAGAAUGCAGUCUCUGCUUCAGCAAAAAAAGACACUGGAAAGAAUAAAAUGUUAGCUGUGGAGUCCAGAUGUGAAUCUAGGUCUCCUUUGUUAGAUUGUAGUCUAUGUGGUGCUACUGUCAGAAUAUGGGAUUUCCUUACUGUUCCUCGACCUGCUCGUUUUGCUCCCAACAACAUUGAUAUUCCUGAUACAAGCAAAAAAAUGGCAUUGACACGUGGGGCAAGUGCAGCCAGUGGAGUCAGUGGCUGGGUCGCUGCUGAUGAUAUGGAGAAAGAACAGACCGAAGAUCGUGAUGAAGUUGCUACCACUAAUGAGGGAAAAUUACUCCCAAACACGGAUGUUGAUUUGAAUCUUACAAUGGCUGGAGGCUUAUCUUUUACUCAGAUGGGUAGGACAGCAAUGUCUGAAAAUAUGCAUGAUGCUGAUAUGGGAAGGGAUCUAAUGAUAGGACAGCCUUCUGGUAGUGAGGUUGGUGAUCGUGCAGCAUCAUAUGAAUCACGGGGCCCAAGUUCUCGUAAGCGGAGUUUGGAAUUAGGUGCCAGCUCAGAUGAUAGGCCACACUUAAGGAUGCAGCAGGCUGAUAGCAUUGAAGGAACUGUCAUUGAUCGUGAUGGUGAUGAAGUCACAGAUGGUAGACAAUACUCAGCUGGACCUUCAAAACGUGCUCGUGACUCUGAUAUAUUUGACACAUACUGUUCACCAUAUAAUAGAGACUCAUCCGGUGCUGGCCCAAGCCAUUCAUUGGGUUUUGAAAUUUAUGCAGAUGCCAACAAAGGAGUUCCAUUUCGACAAGGAAGUGAUCAAGUUGUUGGAAUUUCAUCUGCUAGAGAUUCAACACGUGCAUCAUCUGUUAUUGCCAUGGAUACAAUUGGCCACAGUGCAAAUGAAAACUCUAUGGAAAGUGUUGAAAACUAUCCUGGUGAUAUUGAUGAUGUUCAGUUCCCUUCUUCUAGCAUAUAUGGUAACCUGGAUAUGAAUGACACAUCUGAAAUGAAUUAUAGUAAUCAAGCACAGCAGAGCAUUUGUUUCCAACCUGCUGCUGAAGUAGUUCCUGGAGAAAUGGGGGUCAGCAGUACUAAUGAUGGUGAAGAAAUCUUCAAUGCAGAAAUUGUGACUGCUCAAGCUAGGGAUGGGUUUAGUUUUGGAAUUAGUGGAGGAAGUGUUGGGAUGUGUGCCAGUCAUGAAGCUGAAAUUCAUGGAACAGAUAUAUCUGUCCAUAGAGCAGAUAGUGUUGUUGGUGACGUGGAACCAAGAACAGAAGAUGCUGAAAAUCAGGGUCAGACAGGGGAAUCUGCCCCAGACCCUGGGCUAAUGGAUGAGAUUGUCCCCGAGGAAAUGAACAGGGAGGAUCCUCAUGGUGAUAGUCAGGAGAUGUUAUCUCGAUCUGUAGGCAGGGCGGAUAGUGGCUCAAAAAUUGAUGGUUCUGCCAAGGCUGAAUCUGUUGAAAGUGGUGAGAAGAUUGGUCAAAGCCACAAGUUACCUCAAGAUAACAACAACCUCCCUUCUUUUUCUUGCAAUGCCAUUGUGUACUCUGGUCAGGAAACAUCCAAGAAAGAGGUUACAAGGGGUGGGAAAGCAUCACUUAGAAAAGACUCUGAAGACCUAGAGUUAGAAUAUGCAGCUGCGAAUGGGAUUGGUCCACCAAAAGGGGAAAGCAACUAUGAAGAAGCUAUAGAAUUUGAUCCAAUCAUCCAUCACAACCAAUUCUGCCCUUGGGUGAACGGAAAUGUUGCUGCUGCUGGCUGUAGUAAUGGUGGUUCCAGUUCCACUGCAGACAUUGUUGCCCAUUGUGGGUGGCAGCUGACAUUAGAUGCUUUAGAUGCCUUGAGAUCACUGGGGCAUCUUCCCAUCCAAACAGUACAAUCGGAGUCAGCAGCAUCUUUAUACAAGGACAAUCACCAAACUCCUGGUGGAAAACUGCGGGGACCCCAAUCAGCAAGCAAAAGCCAUGGACAGCCUUGAGAUUCAAUCUCAAAGUCAGAGGGAUGAAAGACUGCAGGCAGUGGUGGAAACAAUAGGGAAUCAGGUCCCUGGAUGGAGUUCAUUGCGAUUGCAGCUGCUGCUGCAGGAGAAAUCUGGCAGUCUCAGUUAAUUUUCAUGGUUGAAUCGUUAGGGUAAUUUACAUUUUGUUAAAAAAAAUUAGGUACUUAUUUAUGACUAAAACUCUCGUCGCUUGGACUUUCUGAGUUUGUCUUUUCCAUUAGUAAGUGAAUGGCUGUGUGAUAGACAGUGUGAACUAGAUUGACAGAAUAUGGAUGUUUUUGAAAGCAGCAAUUUUCAACUGGUGAUGAUAAAACAGCUGGUAAUGUUAGGAGUAUUAUUAUUCAAGAUAUUUUGUUGACAUGAAGCAUCCAGAUCAAUGUUGUAACAAAGUGGUGGUGGGCACACUGACACCUCUUUGAGUAUUAUUUUAUCAUUCAAGAGAUUGCGUUGUUAUGAGGCAUCCAGAUCUGUGAGUGGAGAAUUGUAUUUUCCUGAAUCUUUGAUGAUGAUGGUAGUUGUAGUGUGUUAGUGAUGG